CCUCUGCCCCCCCUCCACCCCCCUCAGUCGGAGCGGUGCGGGCUCUCAAACUGUGAAAACACAAUCACACGCAAACGCCGAGUGCGUGGAUAUCACGCAGUCACAUGAAACCCGCGUUAAUCCGAGCUGAUAAACACACGAGCCUCCGCCGCCUCUGCUGCUCCUCUUCUUCCUCUUCUUCCUCCUCUUCUCGCCGUGUUUUCCUCGGCGUGUGACCGGAGGCGCAGCUCGGACCCCGGGCACUGGAGGGGGCAGAAGACGGGGAAUGUGUCUUCCGGUUCCAAAGAGCGUAAAAAAGCCAACGGAAGCCAACGUGGUCUUUGUACUCUGUCAGCGUACUCUCAUACUCCCACCUUCUCUUCCACUGCUAGUGCCUCAUUGAACCCUGUGCGACUCAGUUCGGCCGACAACUUUGGUUUCCCCCUCAGCUGCAGGAAGAACCAUCGAGACAAGCGAGAGGCCUCUGUCUCCAGAAGUGAAGCCUCUCUGUGACUGCAUGUCUCAGAGCUCUGACCAACCCCUGAUCUCCUCCUCCUUCCACGUCUCCACGAAGACCCACAUUUCCACAUAGCCAUAACCUAUAAACCCCCAUUCAGCUGCUAGCUGCUUAAUCGCCAUCGCAGUUGUUGAUUUCGCUGCCUGAGCAGAAGGAUCGACCACUGUCCCUCGACUGGCCCCCAACUGGUACUCCUUCAGUGGGGGAGGGAGGGGAAGGAGAGCAGCUGAACGUUGUGCCGCUUUCCCUGGAGAUGAAGCUGCAGGCCGUCAUGGAGAACCUGCACCGGCAGCAGAGGGCCAAGCUGCUGAUGGAGCAGCAGCUACAGCAGCAAGCUGCUGCCCAACACACUCAGGUGCGCACAGGUGGAUUAGGGGGGGACGAGCCAAUGGGGAGCCCGGCCCCUGAGUCAGAGCAGGCCCAGAUGGCGGCGUUAGCGGCCAUGCGUGCUGUGGCGGCCGGUCUGCAGAGAGUGUCUGACAGCCCAAUGUCGGAGCGCAGCAGCGGCGGCGAGGAUGACGUUGAUGAUGAUGACAAUGAGGAAGGGGAGGAACAAUACAAAGAUAUGAUGGGCUCAGAUGAGGAGGAGCAGAUCAAACGGAAAUGGGAUGAGGAGGACUUUGAAGGCGAGAUGGAAGAAGACUUCGACGAUGAACUGGCAGAGGAAAAUCUGCCAACAGGACAUGAUGCUGUGGCCCCAGGGAAAGGCAUCCUCCUGUUGCCCCACCGCCAGCUCCAUCCCCACUCCCAGCUUGUGAAGGCACGCCCUAGUGUCGACCAGGAGCCCCGUGUAGCCAUCUUGCCUACCCACGUCACCCACAGCCAUCUGGGCGGGCAGGACCACGGAGAAUGGACCUACGAGGAGCAGUUUAGACAGCUGUAUGAACUGGACGGAGACCCAAAGAGAAAGGAGUUCCUUGAUGACCUCUUCAGCUUCAUGCAGAAAAGAGGAACCCCGGUGAAUCGUAUUCCGAUCAUGGCCAAACAGGUCCUGGAUCUGCACAUGCUCUACAGGCUGGUCACGGAGAAAGGCGGCCUGGUGGAGGUCAUCAACAAGAAGUUAUGGAGGGAGAUCACCAAGGGACUCAACCUGCCUACCUCAAUCACCAGUGCAGCCUUCACCCUCCGCACACAAUACAUGAAGUACCUGUACCCAUAUGAAUGUGAUAAGAGGAGUCUUAGCAACCCCAACGAGCUCCAGGCAGCCAUUGACAGCAAUCGGCGGGAGGGCCGACGACAGAGCUUUGGAAGCUCCCUCUUCACCUACUCGCCCAACGGCACGCCCACCAUGCUGUCCUCGCCGAAGCUCCACACAUCCAGUGUGGGCCUGACUAUGGGCACCAACGGCGCCUCGCUGACGCCUAUCCAGAAGAUCAAGAAAGAAGAUGGAGUCCACCUGCUGCCGGGGCAUGGUAUGGCUCGUUUGUCACCGGGGGUCCUGGCGGGUCACGCAGCAGCCCAGGCAGCAAUGGCUGCUCAGGUGGCUGCUCUGGAGCAGCUGAGGGACAAGCUGGAGGCUGGCGAGCCUCCGGAGAAGAAGAUGGCGCUGUCGCCUGAGGAUCACCACAGACUUCUGCAGAGAGCACUGCAACACAACCUUCUGGCCAUGACCGCCCAGAUACCCAUGAACAUCCGAAUCAAUAACCAAGAGAGCAGGCAGAACUCAGCCCUGAACCUCACCACCAAUGGCACGAGCAGCAUCAGCAUGUCAGUGGAGCUCAACGGAGUGGUGUACACUGGCGUUCUUUUUGCUCAGGCAGCCGGCUCAGCCUCAUCUGGUGCGUCUGGAUUGUCCGCCACCGGCGCUCGUGUCGGCCCUCAGAACACACCUACCUCAAACUCCAACAACCUGUUGUCUUAACAACCCCCCCACCCAGCCUUUCCCCUCUUUUAAAAAAAAUUACCACGCUAAGUAAAGCCAAAAACCAACCUCAUUUUCUACAUCAUCUAUGCCAAAAAAGAGAAGACCCAUACACCGUACAGAAGACACCAACUGAAACUCGGAUCACUUGAAGUACACUAUCUCAGGUUUUCUCUCUCAAACUCACCUCUUUUGUUCUUCGUAGCCAAAAUAAUUUUUAAAGAAGAUUAUCCCCACUGAGAGUCAGUAUAUGCUUACCAAUGCACAACUUGUGAAUUAUUUAUUUCUGCAUAAAUGUACAGAUUAUCGGAGAACAAAAGAGAAGGUAAUAACCAGGAAGGGCAAUGCACUGUUUACACAUACAAACACAGCUACUGACUGACAGUAAUGUUUGAUUCUCUAGGGGAGAGAUUUUUUUUUAAUUUUAUUUUAUCUUUUCGUUGUCAUUAUUAUCAUUAUUGUUAUUCUCUAUUGUGUUUAUCAUUUAAAUCUUUACAAACCUCUCACUGCAGGAAAAAAAGUAUAUAUAUUUAGAAUUCUAUAAAAAAAAAAAUGAAUAUCUUCUAUUUUUAAUCAGAAAAGCUUUAAAGGUAUAUGUUGUUUCUUCAGGGCAUAUAACAAUGUACCGCUGUGACCUCAUUUUUCUGUAAAACCUUAUAACCUUAUUCACAUGGCAGCCAGUUUGGAUAUCUAUGUGGAAGACUGGUGCAGCUCUGCACCCGUGUCGUGUAGAGACACACGUCAUAUCUAUGCCACAGAUUUUUCAGGGAAACGCAUAAUAAGAAACUCCUGGAUCUCAAGAAUCUGCAAGGAUGUUGGUCGACUGUUGAAUAUAUUUGGUCCAUAAUCGAUUGCGACAAGAGAGUUUAUGCAGUGGCUAGUUAGCGGGAAUGCUUCGUGGCCAACAGCCCUUGCUGAAUUCAUGCAGUUGUCGUGUUGUUGCUCUUCCUGAAACAGCACGAUGUAUACCCCCCCCCCCUUGUUUGUUGACAUAGGGCCAGUUCAAUACAUAUCUAUGCCAAUCAUGCAGGUUUAUUCUCAAGCGGCUGUAUGCAGGUUUAUGUUCAAAGUGGCUGUUUGUACGAAUCAGGUCUGUUGAGCAGGUGGGAAAUGAGCUGAAGCCUUUCGUUACACGAUCUUCUGCGCCCCGGGCGGCGCCCACACCGACCGUUCCUGGUGCCGCUCUGGGAUCAGAGGUUUUUUGUGAAUAUCACGUUUUCCAUUGUUCUCAGGUGAACCUCCCCUUCCCUCACCCCCCACCCCCUUGCUCGUUGCUUUGUAUAAUACCCCGCGGUCUUCUAUUACACUUGACAGAGUAAUGCUUUUCAACGUCUUUCCCUGCGGAAAGAUUUGUUUUAUCUUUUUUAUGAUACUUGGCCUUCUAGUGGAGUGAUUGUCUUAAGGUCAGAUGCAUGCAUGUGUUUGUAGAUAAAAGUCCGUCAGCGUGUAGGAAAAUUCUUGAUUUCCUGUCCAGGAUUUAAAGGAGUUGAGCGUCGGCUUAAUCCUUGUUAUUGCGGAGACUCUCACAAUGGACAAUCAGGUGUCAGGAGACAAUCUGAUCUUCAGGAAAAACGUAUCCUGACAAUUAGUUCAGCUCGUAUCUGAUGUUUUUUUUUGUUUUUCUUGUAUCAUAGAUUACAAAUGCUUUCGCUUGUUUGUUUCAGCUUUGUGUUUUUGCAUGACUUAGUGCUUAUUCUGAUCCAAGUGCUUCUUAUGCGCUGUGACGAGGGCGGGGUCCUCUGGAGACUGGCUCGCCAUCCAUUAAGGAUAACACAGAGAUUGUCUUGUGAUCCUCGGACUGUUGUUUUUGUUGAGAUUUUGGUUAAUUGGGGCUUUUGAUAAUGAAAGAUCAGAGCUAAUCAUAGCUGUGGCUGAGCACUCGCUUGUGUCGUAGUGUUUGCUAAAAAAACUCUCUGCAGCUCGAUUUAUAUAAGGUUAAAUCUGCCACCUUGGAGACCCCGCAUCAGCUCACAAGUACAUUUGUCUCCGCAUUUUGAAGGUGAUCAAUCAUUUAGCUUUUUGAACUUUAACUCGUGUUACUUCACUGGUUUGUUGGCUGUUAAAGAUUGUUACUCAACCCCACCCCCGAUGCAAAGCAGCCUCAUUCCUACCGACGUUAGGAAGUAAAUCAGGCUUUGUACGUGGGUUCUGUUCUGAGGCCUUAACGCAGCAUGAGAUGACCAGAGAGCGUACAGUACCUCCAUCUAAUCACAUUUCACUGUAUCAGUCAAAUAUCACCAGAUAGCUGUCGAGGCUCUGAUUCUGGACGCAGCUCUCGGUGGGAAAUCGCCACCAGCUGCUGCACAAACACUGGUCAGUUCUGGAAAGUUCUCUUUAUGCUCAGAUAACCAACAGCUCCCAUUCAGAAACACAGUCAUCAAACACUGGUGUUUAAGUUUAGUUUAAAGAGAAAGAAAUAGGAAAUCUGAAAUGAAGUUGUAUUUAAGUUUACUUAAGUGACAAAAUAAUGAUAAAUACCAAUCAUCAUCAAUCUAUUAUAGAUUCAACGAUGCAAACAAAACUAUCAUCGACUCACUUACUUGCAGACCAGCUCAAUGCAUGCCUGCGCCACCUACAGGCAAGAAAUAUAGCAGCAGCAACAGUUCUGAUGUGCAGAUGGACACUACCUGCAGGCAAAGACUCAACAGCAGCAGUUUGUGUAGCUGCUGAUAUAUUUGUGGGUAUUUUGGACAGUUAUACAACAUGUCAGUUAAAAUAACUUGUGAUCAGAGGCAGAACAUUUCACUCAGGUAGACGAGGAUAAACGUGGAGAAUCAUUGUUUCACACUAACCUCAUGUUAAUUAUUUGACCAAUAAAUAAGAUCAUGAGACACAGUUGAAAGCUCCAGAAAAAACUGUAAAAUUGGACCUUGUGGUGUGAAGAUUCUUCAGACCCAGCACGUGUGUUAAUUAUUAAUUGUGCAGUUAGUCAUUAAUUGUGAAUCCCAAUGAGAUUAAAGCAGCUUGAACUGCAGCUCUUAAGGUUGCUGCAGCUUUAGCUGCACCUGCAUGUUUGAAACUGCUGCUGCUGCUGUGACUGGCAACUGGGCCUGGUUUCAUUUGCUUCACAUCAGUGACGGUGUGGUCCUCUUCAGACGACUGAGUUACAAUUACUGCUAAUGAAUGGAAAAGCAGCAGGCCAGCCGGACGACUUGAAGCUGGUUUGAUGUACGAUCAUAUCGAAGCCGAGCAGGAAGCUGAGAUAAAAUAUUUCCUCCUCUCCUACCUCUACAUAUUCUCUCUGGAAAUCAGCCUGAUGCUUAUUUGACAACAGUGACUCUUUGACAGCAGAGGUUUAUUUUGAAACAACAAAAUCAUUUUGGGGUAUUUUUACAGAAGUGAAAGUCCAGUUUGUGUAGGCUCACAGCUUUACAUAGAGAUGAUACAAUACCUGGUUCCUUAUUUGUGAACAACUCACACAUCAAUCAGCCCGAAACCUUUUUGCCUUUUAACACGUGAAUGAUUUUGUGAUUCACAUGAUGGAGCCUGACAUGAAGAC